GCCACUACCGGGUUCUCUUUUCCUUAUAAAAACUUUUUCAUCUCUUUCUCUGACAUUUGAAGCACCUCCCAAAAUCUCCAUUCCCUCUCUUUCUCCAUUAUUCAAUUACCCAGAAUGUCUCUCACUAGCACCUCCAUUUUUCCCACCAAAUCUUUCAUUCCCUCCAACAAACCCCAUCAACCUUCCUUUCUCACCAACCCUUCUAGAUCCUUACUCCACAUCUCCGCCGUCCACGCCGCCGAGCCUUCUAAGAACCCCAUUGUCUCUGAUAAACCUGGGAAACAACAUUCCACAAUAACAUCUAAAGCGGCUGCCGCAACAUCAGCACCACCGGUUAAUGUGGUUCCUGGGAAAUGGAGAGUGGACAGCUGGAAAUCGAAGAAGGCUUUGCAGCUUCCUGAAUAUCCUGAUAAGAAGGAGCUGGAAUCGGUGCUCAAGACCCUGGAUGCUUUCCCUCCGAUUGUGUUCGCUGGGGAGGCUAGGAGCUUGGAGGAGAGGCUCGGUGAAGCUGCAAUGGGCAAUGCUUUUUUGUUGCAAGGGGGAGACUGCGCUGAGAGUUUUAAGGAGUUCAAUGCUAAUAAUAUUCGGGACACUUUCAGGAUUCUCCUCCAGAUGAGUGCUGUCUUGAUGUUUGGUGGACAAAUGCCCGUUAUCAAGGUGGGACGGAUGGCUGGUCAAUUUGCGAAACCAAGAUCGGAGCCUUUUGAGGAAAAGAACGGAGUAAAGUUGCCUAGUUACAGAGGGGACAACGUGAAUGGAGAUGCUUUCGACGAGAAGUCAAGAGUUCCUGACCCACACAGGAUGAUCAGGGCUUACUGCCAAUCAGCAGCAACUUUGAAUCUCCUUCGGGCGUUUGCUACCGGUGGAUAUGCUGCUAUGCAGAGGGUUACUCAGUGGAAUUUGGAUUUUACAGAGCACAGUGAGCAGGGAGACAGGUACCGGGAACUUGCACACCGGGUAGAUGAGGCCCUUGGAUUCAUGUCUGCAGCUGGUCUAACUGUUGACCAUCCUAUAAUGACAACAACUGAGUUUUGGACAUCACAUGAGUGCUUGCUUUUGCCAUAUGAGCAAUCACUUACCAGGUUAGAUUCAACUUCUGGCCUCUACUAUGACUGCUCUGCCCAUUUUCUCUGGGCUGGUGAGCGUACUAGACAGCUGGAUGGUGCUCAUGUUGAGUUUUUGAGAGGAGUUGCAAAUCCCCUUGGCAUUAAGGUAAGCGAUAAGAUGGAUCCAACUGAGCUAGUUAAGCUUAUUGAGAUUCUGAAUCCGCAGAACAAACCAGGGAGAAUAACAAUAAUCACAAGAAUGGGAGCUGAGAACAUGAGAGUGAAACUUCCCCAUCUAAUUAGAGCAGUCCGCAGGGCAGGGCAAAUCGUAACAUGGGUCAGUGAUCCUAUGCAUGGAAACACUAUAAAGGCUCCUUGCGGUCUAAAAACUCGCCCAUUUGAUGCCAUCAGGGCGGAGGUGAGAGCAUUCUUUGAUGUGCAUGAACAAGAAGGAAGCCACCCUGGAGGAGUUCAUCUAGAGAUGACUGGCCAAAACGUGACAGAGUGCAUCGGGGGAUCACGUCCCGUGACUUUUGAUGACUUGAGUUCGCGAUACCACACCCACUGCGACCCUAGGCUCAAUGCUUCACAAUCUCUAGAGCUUGCUUUCAUCAUUGCAGAGCGUCUUAGAAAGAGGAGGAUCCAGUCACAACCCACUAUCGCCCCAACAGGCCUGUAAAACGGCAGUGAAGGCUCACCUGUAUGCUUGUUCUUUUUGCAAAAUUUAUCAAAGCCUGUAUUAAUAGAACAUCCUUAAAAUGGAGUUAAUUUAUGUCGAGUGUUAUAUGUGUAUACUUGAAGACGGUAAUGUUUGAGACCUGAAAAAGCAAAAGAAAUAAAUGUAGAGUUAAAUGCUUCGUCCCAAUA